UGAGAUCGUAUUGUUUCUUCUACCCGAAGAAGUUGAUUUCAUAAUUUUGAUAAUGAAAUUCUUCUGGAGUAUCAGCUGAAAUCAUACAUUACACGAAAUCAGAAGCCUUGGUAGAAAAUGGCGACAGUUCAGGCGGUUUUAGGUAAUUUGACGGCGGGAGAACGUCAUGUUCUGACUGCGGUGAACUCUGGAGCCUCUACUCUAUCACUGUUAGGUUCCGGAUUCAUAGUGCUUUGCUACGUGUGUUUUAAAGAACUCCGCAAGUUCUCCUUCAAGCUCGUUUUCUUCCUCGCUCUUUCAGAUAUGCUUUGCAGCUUUUUCAGUGUUGUUGGUGAUCCAUCUAAAGGAUUCUUCUGUUAUGCCCAAGGCUACAGCACUCAUUUCUUUUGUGUGGCAUCUUUCCUUUGGACAACUACUAUUGCUUUUACUCUUCAUCGUGCAGUUGUCAAACACAAAGCUGAUGUUGAGGAUUUUGAGCCCAUGUUUCACUUGUAUGUUUGGGGAACUUCACUUGUUAUGACAGUUGUCCGAUCUAUUGGUAAUGAACAUGGACAUGUAGGAAACAUAGGUCGUGUAGCUGCAUGGUGCUGGACAGAAACCGGAAGAACAGGAAAGGCUGUCCACUUCUUUACAUUUUAUGCACCUCUUUGGGGGGCAAUUCUUUUCAAUGGGUUCACUUAUUUUCAAGUGAUACGCAUGCUAAACAAUGCAACACGUAUGGCAGUAGGCAUGUCUGAUCGGGGUUCUCAGUCAGAUACACGUGUAGACAUGAAGGCUUUGAACAGGUGGGGGUACUAUCCAUUGAUUCUUAUAGGGUCAUGGAGUUUUGGAACAGUCAACCGUAUUCAUGACUUUAUAGAACCAGGUCAUAAGCUUUUUUGGCUUUCUAUUCUUGAUGUUGGAAUGGCUGCAUUAAUGGGUCUUUUCAACUCAAUAGCAUAUGGCCUCAAUUCUUCGGUGCGACGUGCAAUUUAUGAAAGACUGGAUCUGUUACCGGAAAGUUUGAGAAGAUGUUUCCCGAAGAAGUUAAAGUCAAGAAGUCAACAACAGCAACACGAAAGUGAACUGGUCUCUUUGAGAAUUGAAGACCAGCAUCAAUAGCUGAAUGACCAAACCAACCAUUUCCGAAUGUCUUUCUUUCCAAUUCCCAUCAAUGAAAUACCGAAAAUGCCCUUAACGACAAUGACCAAGUUAUCGAUUUUGGUUUGUUUUUUUUUUAUUUGGAUAAAAAGGCAACAACAGCAAUCAACGGUAUCUUCAAAGUUGUUCCUUUUCUUGUAGUGAUUCUUGUAGAAACUAACUAGCAUUUGAAAUGCCAAUGAUGUAAAGUAAUGUGUUACUCUUAAUAGUUUGGUCAAAUAUUUAUUUGGUUUGAGAUUUGUUAUAUAUUUUAGUUGAUUGA